AUGCAUCGAACACAUUCAUCCGUACCUUAUGAUAUUUUACAUGGCAUUGAUUUCCCUCCUAAUGUAUCAUCAAUAUUUGCUUAUCUAAGCUAUUUUCCACCACCACCACCAGUUAUACCAGCUCCACCACCACAACGUUCUUGGACAUGUUCUGUUCGUUCUUUAUCAUCAUCAUCAUGUUUAGUCGCUGAUGAUCUUAAUCCUCCAAGUCUACGAAAAUAUAUUCCAUUGAUUAAUAAUAAUCAAUCAUUCUUAUCCAAAAAUACAUCUCAUACUUAUAAAAAUGUAGAUCAAAACUUUAAAUCUUCAUCUAUCUUAGGUUUUUUUCAAAAUCAAUUACCAUUCAUUGUUUUAUUAAUUAUUUUCUUAAGUAUAUUUAUUUUUGUUAUAAUAUUAUUAGCAGUAUUUCUUUGUAUGCAACGUAAACGACAAAGACAAUUAACAUCAAGUAGUCAUAUUGAAACAAAUAAUAACAAUAAUAAUAAAUUUUAUCAACGUUUAAUACCUCAUCGUAAAAAAUAUUCAAAACCAACAACAACAACAUUAAAUACGAAUGUUGAAAAUAAUUUAUUAAAUUUAACAAAUCAUGAGUCACCUACUGUUGAAGCUGUAUUUGUACCCAAAACAAGUGGAACACAUAUAAAUGAUAAUGAAGAACAAGAAGAAACUGUUUAA